UUUUUUUGAAGUUGUGAAUUUUAUAAAAGAAAGGAGAAUGAUUAAGGGUUGUAAUUGGAUGUUAUUGUUUAUUGCUUUAUAUUGCAUGAUGUGUAUGGUGACAGUGAUGGCACAGCAAAGUGAUCGUAUCCUAUUAAAAGAUAUUCAAACAUUAACAUUCGAGUUUGGCCGUCUAACCCAAUCCAGACGCAAUCAUUCAGUUGCCCAAUUAACAUGUAUUGAUAAUGAUGAGUGUGGAAAUGGCCAUUGCAGCAAUAUGAAAAGUAUGAAUAUAUCAACAGUUACAUGUCAUAAUAAAGGAUCGGAUAAUCAAUCUAUAGAUUGGCAAUGUACAGCUGAUAUGCCUUCCAAUUAUGUAUUCAAAAAAGUAAACAUUUCCUGCGAAGGUUAUGAUUCACCUCAAGAUCAAUACAUUUUGGCUGGUUCAUGUAGUCUAGUAGGUUGCGUUUUACCUAUACCAGGUUUUUCGUUCGAAUGGACCACGGUUACGAUUAUCGUAGUAAUAUUGGUCAUAAUAUGCUGCUGUUGCUGUUGCUGUUGCUAUUGUAAAUAUCAAAAAAAAUCGAUGAGGGUUAGGUCGAACCACCAAGUGAUUCAACAGUGCAACCAAGUUAAUCGAUCUCGAUCGUCCAAAAUUUGGUAAAGGGGUAAAUGAGAGGCAUCCCCUAAAACAAACUGGAAUAAAUAGAAUAAAUUAUUUUGCCACAUUGCUAUCAUUAUAAAUAUUAUUAUUAGCCAAUAAUCAUUUUCUUUUCAAUC